AUGACUUUACCAUCUACUAUUUAUUCACGUUUACUGGUCCGUCAUCAUUGGUUUGUACUUGCUUUUGUCGUAUUUAUUUGCAUAACACUAACAAUUAUUGGUCUUGUUUUUACACAAUUACCUGAUUUUUCUGAUCCAAGAAUAGGAUGGGGAGCACGUGGAAAAGGAACAAUAUUUUCACAAUUAAUGGUUUUACGUCAUGCAUCAGAAAGAUUCCGUCUUGCUUAUGAAAUACCAUUAGAUACAAGUGAAUUAUUUGGUGCAUUUGCACAAUUUGUUAAUGUAACUGUUGAUCAACUUGAUGAAAAUUCAUAUCGAUCUGAUAUACUUGCUAAACAUGAUUUAUGGAAAAAAAAACAAUCUAAUGAAUUAUAUGAUUAUAGAAAUUUAAAUGAAUCAUUUUAUGAUAAUGAUAUAGAUGACAAGGAAAUAUUUGAUUAUAAUGAUGAUGAUGAUAAUGAAAAUUCACAAUCAGCAUUAAUUUAUCAAUGGCAUCGUGAUCGACAUUUUGAUAUUCAAAAUAUAAUAACAAAAUAUGUUGAUGAUAAAUUGAUUAAUAUUACUGUAAUGGAUUUUGUUAAAAAUCUACCACAAUUUAAUAGAAAUAAUUAUCAAGCAAGUCGAUUACCAUUUGAAAUGCUUCGACCAUAUGCUUAUCUAUUUGAAGAAAAAUAUCGUGGUCGAUCAGGUCAUGAUGGUAUGAUAGAAUUUUAUGUUGAACGUACACAGCCAACCGAUGAUUUGUUAUCUCUUAAUCAUUUACGUUCCAUUUGUAAAUGGGAAACAACAUAUAAACAUAUUCUAUCCCUUGAUAAUGUUCCAAGUCUUUCAUUAGCAACAUUUGUUGCAUUAUAUUCAUCAAAAAAUGAUUGUAAAUUAAUCACAGCUGAUGAUGUUGAAUAUUUUCGUUCAAUACUUCAUACAUGUUUACCAUAUUAUAUAAAUGGUUAUAUGGAUGUACCAUUAAGUGAUCAAUUUCUUAAUCGUGUUGUAUUACAGCAUCAACCCGAUUAUUAUACUUAUCAAGAACAAACCAAAGCUAUUUAUACUGCUGUACGACAUACUUGUUUUUAUAAAAAUAUAACACGUUUUAUAUUUGAUCAUUUUGUUGAUAAAAAAUUUAUAAAUGAAUUUCAACAAUCAAAAACUAAUACAAAACUAUCAAUAUCAAUGAUAUUUAUAACAAAUUAUAAUAUAAUAAAAUAUAAUCGUACACGUGAUCAAACAAUGUGUUUAAGACGACAACCAUAUUCAAGAAAAUAUUGUCAAGAACGUGGUUGUACUGAUGAUUAUAGAAAUAAUUUUAUUGAUAAAUCAUGUGUUGAUAAUGAAUUAAAAUUAGAUAAUUGUGAAAAAUAUUGUCAAUGUAAAUAUCAAUGUCCAAAUGAAACUGAACAAGUUAUUUUAUUAACACCAAUUUUAAAAGCACCAGAAUUAAUUGAAAUAUUUGCAAAAUAUUUUGCAAGUAAACGACAAUUAUCAACAUAUAAAGAUGAAUUUAUAAAACUUAUUGCAUUUAAUUUUGCUAAUGCUAGAGAAAAAGCAGCUAUGGCACAAAUACAUGAAGAUAUGCUUCUUGUUAUAAUCGCAGCAGCAUUAAUUAUUGGUAUAACAGUAUGUUAUUUACGAAGUAUUACAAUAGCUUUAAUUAUUGUUAUUGGUGCUGCAUUAUCAAUUGGUGUAAGUUAUUUUGUAUAUCGUGUACUUUAUCGUAUACCAAUAUUUCCAUUUAUAAAUUUAAUGUCAGCAUUUAUAUUAAUUGGUAUUGGUUGUGAUGAUAUAUUUGUAUUUUUCGAUACAUGGGAUCAAGAAAAAAUUGAAUGGUUAAGAAAAUAUCAAGAUAAACAACAAACUGAUAAUGCAGAUAGUUUAUUAAAUCAUACAAAUAUACAUGAUAUUGUACCUUCAAAUCAAAAAGUAAAACCAAGUAAAUUAAGAAAACCAUCAAAUGCAUUUCAAUCUCGUCAUCGUAUAUGUUUAUUUAAACAUCCAGAAGAAAUUCGUAGAUUAUUAUUACGUGAAGAAGCAUUAAUAGAAAUUAUGUCUAAUACAUUAAAACAUGCUGGUUCAUCAAUGUUUGUUACAUCAUUUACAACAGCAGCUGCUUUUUUUACAAAUAUGUUAACUAAUAUUUCAUUUGUACAAGUAUUUGGUGUUUUUACUGGUACAUGUAUUUUAGUCUAUUUUGUUAUUACAGUUACUGCAAUUGCUGCUUUUGCUGUUAUUUAUGAAAAAUAUAUUCAAAAUAUAAUAUCUCGUAUAUGUUCAAUGCGUUGUAUUGAUAUUGUUAAUAAAUCAUCAAGUAGUAAAGUAUCAAAAUUCUGUCGUCGUUGUACAUCAACUUGUCGAGAUUUUCGAAAUUAUUUUUUUGGUCAUCUAAUGCCAUUACUUAUUAUUAAUCUACGUUAUAUUUUUGUUUUAAUUUUUUUUCUUAUGGGUAUUUUAGGUUUUAUUGGUAUUUUUUAUUAUCCAAAAUUACAUGUACCAUCAACACAAAAAGUUGCCUUCUUUUUAAAAGAUAAUCCAAUGGAAAUAUAUGAAUUUUCAAUGAAAAGUCAAUUUAAUGGUUAUUCAAAAGAAGAUAAACGUUUAUUUGCUUAUCCAGCUGUUUCAUUUAUAUUUGGUAUACAUGAUAUUGAUGAUGGUUAUAUAUUUGAUAUGAAUGAUCGUGGUCAUUUAUAUUUAACACCAAUUCAUUUACAUCGACAAACAACACUUGAAUUUUUUAAAAAUUUUAUAACACAUUUAGGAACACGAAAAGAUUUAUUUACUUCAAAUUAUGAUUUAGAAAAAGAUUUUGAAUCUUUUUAUCAACUUACAACAGAUAAUAUUUUAAUAACUAAAGUUGUUGAUGAUCGAGCUAAAUUAAAUGUAUCAAAAACAAAUCAAUUAAAUAUGAUUAAAUAUCUAAGAAAAAUAAAUAAAACUUUAAUAGAAAAUUUAAUUUCUGAUACAGUACGUACAAUUGAUUAUAAAAUUGAAAAUGAUCAAUCAGAUCAUGAUGAUUAUAUUGACACAAAAUUAGAUCAAAUCAAUUUAACUUUAUAUAAAAUAAGUAAUAAACAAUUAAAACAUCCAAGAAAACCAAUUAUUAUUUAUUCAAAUUAUCGAAAAUUAUUUAAUAGAACAUUAAAAAGAAUUUAUAAAGAACAAAUUCAACAUAGUUAUGAUUUUAAUGAAAUUCGUAUAUCUAUAAAUGGUACAUUACGUGAUGUAUUGACUGAAGAAUAUCAAGGUUCAGCAUUGAAAACAGCUAUGCAAUGUUUGACAGGUGCAGCUGGUGCUAAUAAUGUACCAGCUGAUUUUUGUAACAAACAACUUACGAAACAACGAUCAUUUAAUUGGGCAGUUUUACCUGAUAAACCAUCGCCAAUUGAUGGAAGUGUUCGACCAUUUGCAGUUAUGAUCACUAUUCGAGGUGCCCACAAUCGUACAGAUUAUGAUUCUUAUAAUAAAUAUUAUCUCAAAAUAAAAAAUUUCUUUGAUCCAUAUAUAAAACAAUAUGCACCAGAACAUUUAAAACAUGCUUGGUUUUCUUCACCGGGUUUUGCAUUCUAUGGUAUUCAACGUGAAUUACUUGUUGGUUCCUAUUCUUCUCUUCUAGCAUCACUUGGUAUUGCUCUAUUAGUACUAUUUCUUACAUCAGGCAAUUUAUUUAUUGCAGUCUAUGCUUUAAUUACUAUUACUUUUGCUAUUGUUUCCAAUGCUCGAACAGCUGUUAGUGUUGGUAUAUUUGCUAUAUUAGAAUGGGAAUUAGGCAUUGUUGAAGCUAUUAUUGUCAUUAUGUCUGUUGGUCUAUCAGUAGAUUUUGUUGUUCAUUUUGGUGUUGGUUAUAUUCAUACAGAUUCAAAAGAUAUUGAUUGUGAAAGAAAAAAAAUUGAAAAUCAUUAUUUAUUACAAACAUCUAAACCUGAUGAAAAUGAACAUGAUUAUAAAAUAAGUACUUGGCGUGUUACAUAUAAAGAACAACAAGUCGAACGUGAAACACGUGUAACAGAAUCGGUAUCACGUGUUGGUUCGGCUGUAUUUAUGGCUGCUUUUACAACAUUUGCUGCUGGAUUUUCAAUGACACUUUCAUCACUUUGUGCAUUUCGACAAAUGGGACAAUUUUUAAUGACAAUAAUGUUAACAUCAUGGAGUUUUGCAAUGUUCUUCUUUUUACCAUUAUGUGCGAUUAUAGGUCCAGUUGGUACUUGUGGUUCAAUUCCAUUUUCACGAAUUAUUAAAUGUUUUAAACGAUCUUCACAUGAAAACUCAGAAAAAAAAGAUAUCGAUCAGAUUUAA